CCCUUGACAAAUUUCCUCAGAGUGUGAUAAUUUUAAGACGACGGAAUCGGUUUUGUUUAAAGGAAGAGGACGAAAAGUUGCGUUGAAACUUGAAGCCAUCUCGUGUGACGAAGAAGAAGACCUGAGGCUUGUCUUGAUUGUGUUCUGACGUAAGAAGAUUCUUCAUCAAAGAUCAUGAAAGCGACGUGCGUUCUAUGUGCACUAGUAUUCGUCCUCGUUUUAGAUUUAUUUUCACAGUCAUGCGCAGAUGAAGCCGUUGAGGAACCAUCCAGAUCGAACUCAGCGUGGUUACCUGGCAACAGAAUAUUCCAUGACUUUGGGCACUUCCAGAGACCGUCCCGGUGGGGCGGACGACUUCGCACGGCAAGCAGACCCCAUGGACGCGCACCACGGGCAUACGAUGAUCUAACGGAAGAGGGGCAGGUAUUCCGCAGAUGGGGCAGUAGACGAAUGCCCUACAAAGGUGAUUCUGACAAUACUGGACAUAAGAGAGAUUGGGAAGAUGUACCCGAGUCAGGAAUAGAAGGCGAGUUCAAGAGAGAUGAUGCAGCCGAUGAGGAAGCAAGAUUGGAGGACGUCAUUCAAUAUUUGAGAAACUAGACAACAAAAAGAUACCUUCAUUUGGUAGAAUUUCUUUACAAAACCCGCUGCCUAAAUAUUUGCUUUAAGUCAACAACUCUACAAAUCGGAGAAUAAUUUAGACGAUUUACAACUAGCGGAAAAAAAACAUUAUAUUGUAUAUUAUUUGCAAAGGCAGUACAGUUAAAGCCAAUAAUUACUUGCCGUAUAUUUUCGAUUCACUAGUCGUUUACGACAAUGUUUUAACAUUGUUAUGUUUACCCAUUGACACGCCUUGCUUUCAACAUUGACAGCAAAAGCAUGGUCGGUACAUUUUAAGCCAUUUUGAUUGUUGUUGGUUACUGUUUUUUGUUGUGUUGUUUUUGCUCAUUGAAGUUCCUUGUAAUUGACUUGUAGAUGAUUUUAAGUCAUUACACCACUAGUGCAACUCUCUGCCUAAAAGUAUUGUAUAUAAACUAACAUUGUAAUGAUCUUAACACAAUACCAAGUUAUAUGUAUUAAGGGGGUAUAGACUCACGAGGGCGCUAGACUCACUCUGCAAGGAGAGCUGCGUAUUGAGAGAGUGACAACUUGGCAAUCGACAACUUGCAGUUAGAAAACGCAUGUGAAUACUGGGUUCCAGACGAGACUGCACAAUGGGCUGUGCGACAUUUUGAACCGAAAUUAAUGGCGUCCAGCAGCCACGUGGCCAACGGAAACUUGUCCCUCCGUGUCGCAACUGACCAAUACUCAGCUCCGUAUACUGUUUUGGAGGCCUAUUUGUUGACUGUUUUCCUGUAACAAACAAACGCAUAAGUAACCGAUAGACAUGUUACAUGAACCUUUGUUUUUGUUAGAUCAUCCCCCUGAACAGAUUUGCAAGAUACGAUACUUGGAGUUGAAAAUAAAAGUGUACAUUAAUUUACGAAGUUUUUAGGAUUUGUUAAAAAAUAUUGAGUUGGAGAGAAUACUUUACACGAUUUUUGUUUUGUCAAGUUUGUUUUCUACCUUUAUGUUAACAUAAGAACAAGCCAAUUGAGCAAAAGACACAAUGUUUGUCAUUGUAUCGAUCACAGUCAAGAUAAUCGACUAACGAAUUAUGAUCGAUAUACCAUUGAUUUCAAUUGAUUAUCGUAAAUACGAAACCGUUCUAAUCAAACAAUUAACCCUUAUAAAUGUGAAUUAAGUUUCAGAUCUUUCCAAAGUAGAAAUCAGCAUUUAGAAUGUUAGAAUCAAAAAUUUGGGAGUAACCACUAAACUAUACAGAUGUAAUUGUAUUUAUUGUAAAGUGGACUUUUUGAAAUAAUUAUUACACCAAAUGUAUACUAUGAUUCAUUUACUAAAGUAUCAACUUGGGUUUAUGCUUUCAUGUUUUCUAUGUUUCAUUUUGGGGAAGCAGUUGGGCAAACUAGUCAGAUAAUAAUAAUAAUCAAUAGGCCACAAUUAUAUCAGUGUUUUAUUAAUACAAUUGCACAUCACGUCCACGUUAAGUUUGGGGAAAUUUCUUCAACAUUAAUAAAUAAAACGAGUCGAUAUUAAAUGCAAACGAUUUAUUGUAUCGGUAUACA